UGCUCAAACAUCGUGCUGGCGUGUGUGUGGGACUCAUGGUAUUCACUUUUGCCUACAGCAAAGGUUGAGCUAGGUUGAGUAACGGUCCAUCAUUAGCCUAUUCGACAUGGCCUUGACCCAAACCGAGACUCGGAUUAAUCAUAAUAUUAACAACAAGUUAACACCGCUAUAACUUGGGACAAUAUCCACGGCGCUCCUUCACUAAUAAUUAUAACAUCCCAAUAGUGACUAGUCCGAAUCUCCCCAGAAAUAUAUCAACGGAGCCAGCACAGUCGUCUUACCUCCUGGUCAAGUUACCAUGUCGCUGUCACUCAUCCAACUAUGUGUUCUCGGAACCUUCUCUUUCACUCUCUACAAAGUCCUCAAUUUGCUACUACGACGACCCCAUGGCAUCGAUCUCGAUGGUCCCGACAGGGGGAAUUGGCUCUUAGGCAACGUCAUCAGUCUCUUUGAAGGCGGCAUCGACUAUUGUGUGAACAUUGCAGAAAAAUAUGGUGGCGCGGUGAGGCUCCAUGGGCCGUACGGCGAAACUAUCUAUGUAUCCGACCCACGUGCACUACAUCACAUUGUAGUCAAAGACCAGCACAUCUUUGAAGAGCCUGAUGACUUCAUCAUGUCAAACCAACUGGUAUUUGGCGAAGGCCUAAUAUCCACUGUCGGAGAACAGCAUCGCCGGCAACGCAAGCUCAUUAGCCCCGUCUUCUCAACUUCAAACAUGCGACGACUCCUCUCCACAGUACACCACAUCGCUGACAGACUAGCAUCCACCCUCGCAGCUAAACUCCCUGCUGACGGCUCACACAACGAGAUCGAUAUCCUCCCAUGGCUCUCCCGCUGCGCGCUCGACGGCAUUUCCCAAUGCAUCCUUGGGUACCCGUCAAACACCCUCUCAACAGCAGAAGACGGCGCAUACACCGAAGCGCUGCAGAGGGUCGGGCCUUUGAUAGGAAAGCUCUGCUUGCUACGGCCGUUCGUGCUGAUCGUCGUACGUUGCUGCUCGCCGUACUGGGCAAGAAAAAUCCUUGAUUUGAUCACGGUGCCCUGGCUCCCAACGCAAUUUAUGAGAGACGUGCGGGAGAUGCGUCGCAUCGCAGAGACGAUGGAUAGCGUCAGUCGCAAAAAAAUUGCAGAGAAAAAAGCGGCAAUGGAGGCCGAUGAUAUGAUAAGCGGAGACGGUGAUUCGAUACUGUCGAUGAUGGAUAUCAUGUUAAAGGCCAAUUCUGUGUUAUCCAAUGCAACAAAACUCACGGAUGCUGAGUUGUUGGGACAAAUGAAUGUCAUGGCAUUUGCUGGCCUCGACACAACAACCUCCGCACUCGCCCGCUCCGUCUACUUGCUCGCCCAGCACCCUCGUGCUCAAGCGAGACUUAGGAGCGAAGUUGCUGAUGCCAUGAAGUCCUCGAGACAUCUGGAGGAAGACGGCAUCCCAUCCGCCGAACUGCCCUUUGACGUCCUCAUGAAUCUCCCCUUCCUCGACGGCGUCGUCAAGGAGACCCUCCGUCUCUACCCCUCACUCCCACUCAUGAUCCGAACAGCGACCAAAGCAACCACCCUCCCUUUACACUUCCCCGCGCGCUCACGCUCCGGUGCGGACACGUCCGUGGUCACGAUCCCGCAGGGGACCCAUAUAAUCAUCUCCAUCCUUGCUGCAAACCGCCAUCAAGAGAUAUGGGGUGCCGAUGCUAAUGACUGGCGGCCCGAGCGGUGGUUGUCAUCGCCUCUGGCUGCUCCUUCAGAGACACAUGGCAUAGAUACUCCGGUUGGUGGAGAAGACGCCGUGUCCGUGUCGAGACGGACUGCGCCUAUUCUAGGCGUCCAGGAUGGUGUGAGGUUUCCUGGUGUGUAUUCCAACAUGAUGACGUUCCUCGGUGGCAGCCGCUCCUGCAUCGGGUUCAAAUUCGCCGAAAUGGAAAUCAAACAAGUCCUCGCGACGCUUGUGCUGCGUUUACACUUCUCGCUCCCGACAGAGCGAAAUGCACAAGGGCACGUGAAGGAGAUACAAUGGAAGCUCAAGGGAUUUCAUAUCCCUGUUGUGAAGUCCCCUGCUGGGGAUGGCGUGACGCCGCAGGUGCCACUGAAUGUGCGGCAGGUGAGGGAGGAGGAUUUUAUUUGGUAG